AUGAUCAUCAGCGGGCAUCAUCAUCUUCGUCAUCGUCGUAAUCGUCACGAUCAUCACCAUCCUCACCAUCGGCUCCAUCAUGAGUUGUUGACUAGCGUUGCCCAUGUACUUGAUGCCAGCGCCUUGCUUUCUCCUUGCUUGCCUCUCUCUCUCUCUAUCUCUCUAGGUGCCUGGUGGGAGCAGCUGGAGCCCUGGCCCGCGCCUGCGCGGCACUUGGGUUCCGAGUUCCCUCGGAGACUGGAGGAGCUGAAGCAACGGUGCUUGGCCGAGCCGUGCCCGCCGUCCUUGCCAGGUCCCGGGUGUUUCGGAGGCACGGUCCCACUGGAGCCGGUGACUCUGGCACAGCCGCGUCCCAUCCAACAGCAAAUGGCGGUGGCUGCUGCUGUUCUUCCAGAGCCAGCAAUCCCUUGCUACUGCCAGGUUGGGAGCCCCAACCCGCCGGAAGCUUUGCGAGAAAACCCGGACAGGGAAGAGAUGCUGAUGGAGCUGAAGGAUCUGAAGGCUCUGGUUCAAGGCAAAGAGGAGCUGAAGUCGGAACAUGCCCAGAAGAUCCUUCUUGCUCAAGAGAGAUUGGCUCAAGAGCAGGAGGAGCUCCUCCGGGGGCAGAGCAGAUGUAAGGAACUGGAAGUGGAGAUGGUGCUCCAGAGGAAGGACCUGCAAAUGUCGCAGGAGUGGCAAACCUGGCAGCAGCAGAAGCAUUCCUGUGAUCUUCAACAUCAGGCUGAGGUGCUUCAGCUGAGAUACGAGGCCAACCUGCUGAGUGAGCAGGAGACCUGGCAGCAGAUGGAAAGCUCUUCCCAGAGCCUGCAAAGGCAACAGGCCGAGCGAGCACGAGAGUGGGAGAUGCGGGAUCUGGCGGCUUCAGUGGAGACAGAGCGGUUUUUGGCCACGGAGCUGCGGGCGCAGUCGCGGAUUUCGGAGACUUCGAAGUUGCGGCUGCUGCAGGAGCUGAGCGCUCGCCUGGCAGGUCGGGAGCUCGAGAUCCUGGCCCUAGAAAGCUCCGAGGACGCCCUGGAGAAGGCGAAAGGCCAGGCCCAGGCAUUGCAGGCGCGGCUCUCCACGGAGGAGGCGCAGCUGCAGGAGGCCCGGAGCCAGCUGGAGCAAACCGCCGCCGACGCGGCGAGCGCGGCGAGCGCGGCGAGCGCGGAGCGCGUGGCGGAGGCCCGGGCGGAGGCGGAGACCUCGAAGGCGGAGGCGCGGCUCCAGGCGGCGGAGGCGCAGCUCCAGACGGAGCUCCGUGCAACCACGGCAUCCGCGGAGGCCCUCUGCCACGCCCAGGAGCAACUUCAGCAGGCGCAAGAUGCGCAGAGAGCGUCGCAGGAGGCCACCGCCGAGGCUGCAGCGGAAGGUCGGGCGCGGGAGCUUGCGCUGGAGCAGCGGCUGGAAGACUUGCAGAUGCAGCUGGAGGAGCUCAGGGCGGCGCAGGCUCAGGCACCAAAACCGGCUGUGUCCUCUGUGCCUGCGGUUUCCAGCUCCGACUAUGUUGCCACGGCCGACUUGGACUUGCUGGACCAGGCACUGGAGGCGGAAAUCCGGUCUUUGGGCCCCGGGUGUUUGCAAGGCCACGUUCUGACGAGGACCGGGCCAAAGAUUUACAAGCUGGGGGCGGACCGGGUGAGGAUGCAGCUGUCUGACUCCGUCAUCACGGUUCGCGUGGGCACCAGCUGGGUGCCCCUUGCACGAUGGGUUCGAGAGCUUCCGGCGCCGGGUGAGCAGGCUCCCGAGGACCAGUUCCAAGCCCUGGACGCCUCCUCGCCCUUCGCUGGGGUGUACCCACUGCCCCAGCCCACGCGGAAGGAGGAGUCCUUGCAGCAGCUUGCUAGCCAGCCGCCGAAACCGGAAGCGGUCUCGGCACAGGUCAAGGUGCCGCCGAUCCAGCCCCCUACGCCAGACAAGCCUUUCUACAACAGCGAAGGGGUCGAUCUGAUGAAGCUCAGCAAUGAGGAGUUGGAGAAAUAUGUUCCAAUGGAUGAGAACGGCCGUCGGACUUCCAUCGGCGCGAUCAAUCAUCCAACUGAGUGUUCUCCCUGCAUUUUUUGGUUCCGCCACGUCUGCGAGAAGGGCUUGCGGUGCGAGUUUUGCCACAUCAAGCAUCCCGGGCAGGUCGGGACGCUGAUAGUCUCUGGCUCGCGUUGUGAUGAUGACGGUCGUACAAAGUUUAGGGAAGCUUCGCGAGGCGGAGCUCUGAGGAUGUGGGUUUUAAUGGAAUGUACGGUUUAG